AUGUCUAUGGAAGAAGCUGAACAGCUCUAUGAAAUGCUGAAAAAACUUAGUCCUCGAGAGCAAGCCAUCAUUCGGCCGGUAUUGGAACGUGAUUUGGAGUUUCAGCGGAGGGAAAAGGCUCGUGUACGGCAGUUGAAAACGUAUGUGGAAUUGUCAGAAAUGCAACCAAUGCAACCACCGCCACCAGUGGUGAGAAGACGGCCACCCGGCUACCCAUUGAUGCAGAGCGUUUCAUCGGACAGUAUGGUCAGCAUCGCUUCGUUUCGAAGUAAUCGUCCCACUGUUGCUAGGUCCACCCCUGACCCACCAACGGGUCGUGCGUGCUUUCAUUGUCGUUGCCGUCUCGGCUUAAUCUUCAAUGCUGGCACUCGUUGUGCCCAGUGUGGACGCUUGCUGUGCAACAUGUGUCGCCGUGGAGCGUAUCGCUCAAAAUGGUUGUGCCAGACGUGCUACGCUCAACGGAAGGGUUAA